AUGACUAAAAAUGCACAAACAGAAUUCGAAGGAAAAUUUAAAGAUAAAGACACAGCCGAUCCAUUAGAGUUGGAUAGCGAUGAUUUGGAAAUCAAAGGUUAUAAAAAUACGGAAAGGAUUAAUCUUACUAAUCAUUCGCUCGAUUCUUUAACUAUUGUUGAUUGUCCUAAAUUAAAAAAAAUUGAUAUUGAGAACUGUCAGAUCCCAAUAGUAGAUAUAAGUAAAAUGGAGUUAGAUGCUUCUGGCGGCAAACCAGUUCCUAACAAAUUAACGAAUUUUACUGCAAAUAAUAAUGCAAAACUUAAUAAUGUUAACCUUGAAAAUUGUAAGAAACUUCAAGAAUUACACAUUAAUAGAUGUGGAGAAAUUAAGGAACUAAAAGGAACGAAGGAUUUUGCUGACAGCCUUAACAUAAUUAAUUUUGAGGGUACCACUGGUCUGCAUUUUUCAGGCACUAAUUACUUAGAAAGAUUACAAGAGGUAGAAAAGGUCGCUAAGGACAUUUUAGGUGGAGAUAUACCUUUGGUGCCAGGUUCUGACAAGGUGGAUGCCGACAAGUUAAAAAAGGAUGCCGAGGCCAAAGCCAUUGGUAAUAAUGUAGAUUUGUCAGGUUUAGGAUUGACUGGAAGUGAUGCUACUAGUAUUGACAAAAUUAAAGAAAAAUUACAGCAAGCAACCCAAGCAGUAAAUAAUUUACUAAAUGAAAUAGGCGGUUUAUUAAAAUUAACAGAUAUUACCAAAGAAAAAGUUAUUAAUAAAAUAAAUGAACUGAUGGCAAAUGGUCCUUCCUGCACUCACACUGAUUAUGACGAAAUUAAACAGGAAAGAGAUGAUUUAAAAAAAGAUGCAAUCAAAAAAGCGGAUAUGAUUAAAAACGAUAAGGAAGUUUUUGGCAAGUUAGGAAUUCCACUUGAUGAAUAUAAUAAAAAAGUUGUUAGCGUUAGUGCUUCCGAGUUUUGUUUAAACGAUGAUGUAAUUUAUAAAGAUAAUAAAGAUCUAAGAAUUUAUGGUUACGAAGGCGGUCCUAAGAAUUAUAUUUAUUGCCUUAAUCAACCUCCCUUUUCUGACUAUCAGGUAGGAGAUUGGAUAGAAAUUGAUUUAGAUAAAACAAAUAAACUUUUUAUUUCUGAAACUAAUGUAGUAAGAAAAAUCAGUUUAUCAGAUUCGGUGUCUAGUUCAUUAACAAGCAUGUUUAUUGGCUCAACUAUAAAUAGGCAACGAAGUUUAGCAGUGGCUCGGGAAUUAGAUGCUAUGGUAGACCAAAGCGGAGGCACAAAAGAAUAUACAGCGAAUAUUUUAAAAGAGUUCCAAGAAGGAGUUGAUUUUACUAUCGAGAGAGGAUUUUUUGAGGAAUCAAAAGUAUUAAUUCCUUUUAAAACUGAAAAAAACAAAAAAGAUAAUAGCCGAGAAUUAGAAAAAAAAUUUGAGGGAACUUCUGUUAUUAAUAUCACUUAUCAGAAAAAAAAUAUUCAAGGGAUAAAUGUCAACAACGGUCAACUAGUUAAUUUUCAAGUUGAAAACCCAGAAAGAAAAUUAAUUGAACCGGGCAAAGAAAAAUCUCCUAACUUAGCAGAAGAAGAAAAAGAGAUUAAAAAUUCACCUAAACAAAUUUGUUAUCCAUCAGGGAAUGAAGAAGAAAAGGAUAAAAAUUCUCCUGAUUUCAAAAAGAGUGAAGAAAGGUUAGGAAUUAGUCAAAAUAACUUGUCUCCUUCUAAUUCUAACUUCCCGACUGGUUUAGUAAUUGGUGGAGGAGUUUUAUUAGCAGUAAUAGGAUUGGUAAUAUUAUUUACAUUAAGGAACAGAAAAAAGAAAAGAUUAUAA